AUGACGGAUCAUCUCGGUCCUCGCCGGUUAACGGAUUAAUGAUCGCAGACUCGCGAGGAAUUGGUCGAUGUAUCGUUUUUCUUUUUCUGUUUUCCUUUCUUUUUUUUUUCGAAUUCCUUCCUUUGCGUGUACGCCAUAGGAAUUGCAACGAGAGAGAAUGAAAGCGUGAAGGAGAGUGCAAGGUAGAGACGAAAUGGGACGAAUUAACCGAAUCGAAGUGCAAUUUCAAGGCUCUCUCGGAGGUACCUCUUCCUUUUCUCUGUGUCGAUCAGAGGAUGUCGAGGAAGGUGCAAAGUUUUAGAGGCAUUAGCGAACUUUUUUUAAUCAAAAAAGAAAAGGGAAAAAAAAGAAUUACUUAAGUAUUAUAAUAGAGAGAACAAGAUCGAAAAGGUAUAUAUAUUCUCUACGCGACUUGAUGUCUCCUCUUCUUCGUUGAUGACGUCGAUCGAGAGAGUCGCUCUCUUAGUCGACGGUGGAAUUUUUAAGUGCAAUAAUUUUAAGGAUUCGUCGAGUAAUCGGAACACGCGAUUGUUUGUUGUUAAUUGGCGAGAGAAAUAUUUAUGCGAGCAAUUAGUUUGAUCGAUCGAUCGCUUGGUUUCUUCCACGGCCUACUAUGCGAUGAUUUUCACGCGUAGACUUUCAUUGCGCGUCUUGGAUUGUAUAAUUUUUAGCGACGUAUUAUGAUAUUCUUGUUCUUUACCUUUCACGUGUAACAAUUUAUUACGAUCAUAUUACAAACGAUAAAUAAAAAGGGCACAUCCUGAAAUGAAGAUACAUGUACGUUGUGAAUUGCGAAGCGUGAUUGAAGGUUGGAGAAUCUGGAAAAAUUAUUCUGUGAUGAAAGAAAGAGAAAAGCAGUGCUGCAAUCUAUCCGCCGAGUGUUCUCGCGGUUUCGUUUCGUCAACGAUAAUCGGUCUUUGGAAUCCUUCCUGUUCGAAGACUCUUUUUUUCGGGACCGUGAUAAUAGACACAAUGCACGCGUUCAUCCACCUUUCUCAUUAAUCCAUCACACGCCUUUCAUCCGGCACGACUUUUUUUUGUUCACCACUUAUUUUGCUUUCUUCCAAUCUAAAAUCGACGCAGGAGAUUCAAGCGAGCUGUACGGACGUGUGCGAGAGCUGCGAAAAGAAAGUGUACCCCCUAGAAAAAGUGGAGACAAAUAACAAAAUAUUUCACAAACAGUGCUUCCGGUGUCUGCAGUGCAAUUGCGUGCUAAGGAUGGACACGUUCACCUUAAAUAAUGGUAAACUAUACUGCAUCCCGCACUUCAAACAGCUGUUCAUCACACGAGGGAACUACGACGAAGGUUUCGGCGUGGAUCCACACAAAAACAAAUGGACGACCAGCUCGAGCAAUCCGACGAGUCCGUCACCAAUCAUCGCGGUGUCGAACGGCGAUCUUUGAUUUCUCGCAGAUUCCCGCGUGUUGUAAUUAGAAAG